UGCUGCGAACCGGUUCGGACGGACGGAACACUGCGUCGUUUCGGGAGGGGUUCUUUCGAGUUCUCGGAUUCUUUGGAUGACGGUGCAAUCCGGAAAUUGAAACGGGGCUUGCUUUGAUUGGGUGGCACUAAUAACCCCAGUGGAGGAGUGCAAAGUGUUGCACUAGCGAUGCAUAAGCGGGGAAAUCGAAGAGGCGUUAUGUAUCGCUAACGUAACUUGUGUAGUGUGGGAAAUUGCUCCCUUUGAGGGCACGGAAAUUGGUGUUGGUGAUUGGAAGUCGUGAAGAAUUGUGCAAAACCGUGUAAGGUGUAAAUCAUUUUCCAAUCAAUAGCGAAGCGCUAGCGCGCGUGAAGACCCGUGAAAAGCCGUGCGAAAAGGUGAUUUAUAUACGACGGGUGUGAAAGUUUUCCCACCGCCGGGGCUCGUAUUAAUCAUUUGGGGAGGCGGUCGCAGCUGGAUAUCCGGACCAAAACCAUCAUAUCAGCACAUCGGUUGAAGGAGAAGCAGCAGCAGUUUGAGCGGCAUGUUUUGGAUACUGAGGCGAACCGGAGCGGUCAACUUUUUCAACUCCAUCAACAACAACUACGCGGCCAAGGGAGGCUCGAGUGGGGCCGGUGGGAAUGCUGACAAACACAGUUCCCGGCCACCGCGGCGGGCCUACGGCCGGCUCAGCGUCGAGUCCGACGACGCCCAAUCGUUGCGACGUGAUUCGGAGCUUAACGACAAUCUGAUUGAUGUGGACGACGAUGACGGCGGUGGCGGCGGUCCCGGCACCGAUCUGCUGAACCUGAACCACAAAAACAAUAACAACAACAACAACAAUGUGUUGGUGAAAAAUCAAAACAAUGCCACGACCACGCUGACCAGCCCGAGCCAGAAGCUGAUUAAUGGGCGCGGUGUCGUCGUGUACCGGGACCGGGACCUGGACGAUGAGGACGAGGAUGCGGAGGGGGGAGACUAUGGCGGGGGAGAGGACGUGAACCGGAACCAGUCCAACUGCAACGAAACCGACUCGGACCUGGAGCUGGACGCGACCAUCAAGGAGCAGCGGCUGGAGGAGCAGGCCAUCUCCCGGCUGCAGGCCAUGGCCAUGGAGGACGAGGAUGAGUACGAUGAGUCCCUCACCUGCAACGUGUGCGACCGGGCCUUCCACUGUCACCGGCAGCUGGCGUCCCACCAGCAAAAGAAGCGACAUUUUGGUUGCAGCGGCUGCGACAGUCUCUUUCCGUCGCUGAUGCUGCUCGAGCACCACAAGGAGGAGUUCGAGCACUGGAGUGACUUUGAGGACGACGGGCGGUUGCCGUGCUGCAGGCGGAACCGGCGGGACGACGAGUACACGGACACGGAGACGGGCACGAGCGACGCCGAGAGUGAGGAUCUGGAGCGGUUGCUUUAAGGAGGGAGAGGGAGGGGGUAGAGGGAGAAGGGAGAUAUUGUUUUUUGGUAGUGUGGAACACAAUUGAGAAAGAAGAAGAGAUCGACUGGAAUCGAUUUGAGUUUGGAGGAGCUUCCUGGGUUGGGGUUUAAUUGAGAGAAAAGAAAUUGUUCAGGUUUUUCCAAAAUGUUCUCAUUGGUAUUCAGAGUAAAAAGUUCCUUCAAAAUUAAUUUGGUUCCAUCCAAAAAUUACGAUGUUUUGGGACUUUUUUGAGGGGGUAACAUGAUUUUUUUUAUAAAUAUGCAAAGGAUAUGUCCUCAAAUGUAAUUUAUGUAAUUUCUUUAAAAAUAGCUUGUUCAAACACCUUAUUUUUACUACAUUUAACUGACAUUUUACUGACUUUAACUUAAUAUCUAUAAUAGUCAAGGCACGGAAUCGAAAAAGGGCUCAUUUUCUUGUGUCUAACGGCAAAUCAUGUAACAGGCCAGGUUUUGAUGGAUCUAGACUAAACCGACCCCGCUGAGUCCGAAAAUCGCGGUCACGAAGCCGGAUUCCUUAAGGGAAGCGAGAUAUUCAAGAUGGCGACCAAUAUGGCGGCUAUAUAGAGAAGUUAACAAUAUCACAGUAUGAAGGUUGUUGACGUGUCGAUUUUAACUAAUUUUGGGCCGCUGAACCCGAAUAUGACCAAGAAAAUCGGUCACGGCG